CUAUCAACGGCCGUGAUUGAGAGCGUCCUGCGAAUACAAACAAUUGUUAUCCUUUCAUGAAAAGUCUGGAGUUGUUGUCAAACUUGGACCUUGUAAACCAGCACUGGAUUUACAUUUGAAGAAAAGGAAGUUAUAUUUAUGUCAGCGUAAAGUGGAAAACUUAGCAGAUCUUCGCAAGGAAAUACUAAACGUCACAAGGAAUCGCAAGAAUAUCUCUAUGAACUUGUCUCAAACGUCAACAUGUGCUUUGUAUCUUUAUAAACUUAAGCAUGCAACCUCCUGUUGCAUUUAGUAAGCAGAACAUGCGUCUUUUGCUUAGUGAAAGCAUUCAAUGUUACUAAAAUCCGGGAUUUGUGUUUCCCCUCGCCUAGUAAAGUUCUGCAGCUGGUUUUGACUCGGAACUGAGUCUCAUCUCAGUUUAAACUCGUUUCAUCAGCGACCCACAAGAGCUGGUCGACAUCAGUCAUGAAUGUGCCAAGGUGUUCUGGAGUUUGCGCUAUGAUGAGACUUCUGGCGCUGUUUAUACACGUUAUGUCAACGACAGCAAAGAGACACGUUGUAUAUUGGAACUCUACAAAUACACGGUUAACAGGAGAUGAUUACUCUGUCCAGGUCAAUCUGAGUGAUUAUCUGGAUAUACUGUGUCCACACUAUCCUGCCGACCACCCGUCGAGCGGUCCUGUGGAUACUCUGGCUCUCUACCUGGUGGCUGAGGGCCAGUUCAGGGGCUGCGUGGAGACUAAAGAGGCCAUUAAGAGAUGGGAGUGUAACCAGCCGUACGCUCCCUACGGCCCUGUCAGAUUCUCUGAAAAGAUCCAGCGCUUCACACCCUUCUCCCUGGGCUUUGAAUUCCUGCCUGGACACCAUUACUACUAUAGCUGUAAGUGAGCUACAGUGUUGGAGAACAUACACAAAAACGUCAAUCAGGGUGACAGCUUAACCUUGAACAGAUGCAUUUGUACUAAAUACAACUUGAAUUACGAUACAGCCUAAUUUGUGUAGUGUAGUAUGUAAUGUUAUUAAAACAUAUUCAGGUACAGCAACUUUAAUUUUUACUACCCUGGUGAGCAGGAGCCAGUCUCUGCUUUUGUGUUUAUCUGCAUGUGUAUCUUAUAAGUUUUUUUUCUAUAUUUAAAUGAAUAUUCAUGAGAGUAUAAGUGAAAAGUAUCCUUUUUUUGCUUUUGGCUCCGCCCUUGUCCUCUCUGCUCUAAAAAGGAAGGAAAGAUGGUCUGUGGCCAUAAAAUUACAUGACAGUUUUCCUGUUUUUACAGCUUUGGUUUCAGGCCAAAGCUUUUCAAUUCCCUUCUCUUAUUUCGUCUCCCUUUCUGGGUUAGAAAAGCACACACAGUUUUUCUUAUUACUAUUUA